UUACCAAUAGACUGACGUCACAGGCGGAGUGGACGUGUGCGCAGACAGGUCUCAGUUUGGACGCGCCUGUGGGACGUUCGUCCCGAGCUGGAUCACAAGGAGGCGCGAGCUCUCGUUCGUUUCCGGUUGCACGGUUCUGUUUGAUUCUGACAAGAAAAGGGCGGAAGCGAACCGAGGAGAUAACCCGAGCUAACCUGGCAGCUACGUCACAGCAGCCCCGCAUCCUCUCCUCCUCAGGUACGGCUCAGGUAUGAUGGGAACCUCCGUCUUCUGCGGGCUGCUGAUGGCCUUCGUCCUCCAGGGACACUGCACAGAAAGUCCCAGCUCCAGAAGGUUGCAGGAAGGCGAGUGCAUCUCCAGGACCAAACCCCCGCUGCUCUUCAACUCCCACAACUUCUCCAUGGACCUGCGCAUGCCAGGAGUGUCUCCAAGCAGCUCGGACACCUACCUCUGCAUGGCCUUUCCUGUUCCCACCGACCGAGACUCAUACAUCGUGGACUUCAUUCCUUACGCCAGCAUGAGCACGGUCCAUCACAUGAUCCUGUUCGGCUGCCAAAGCCCCGCCUCCACCAGCGGCUCUUGGGACUGUGGGGGGGCACAGGGCACCUGCAAAGACGAUCCCUCCAUCAUGUACGCCUGGGCCCGGAAUGCCCCGCCCACCAAACUUCCUAAAGAUGUCGGGUUCAGAGUUGGAAAAAGUUCUGGGAUGUCGUACUUUGUGCUUCAGAUCCAUUAUGGAGAUGUCAGCGCCUUCAGAGACCAUCACAGAGACUGCUCUGGACUCACCUUAAAGAUGACUCUCAAGCCGCAGCCCUUCAUCGCCGGCAUCUACCUGCUGAUAUCUGUGGACACCGUCAUCCCUCCAGGAAAAACAGUUACAAAUGCAGACGUGGCGUGUGAAUACGCCUCCUACCCCAUCUACCCGUUCGCCUUCAGGACUCACACACACCGCCUCGGUAAGGUGGUGAGUGGAUACAGGAUCCGCAACGGGAAGUGGACUCUGAUUGGCCGACAGUCCCCUCAGUUACCACAGGCGUUCUAUCCGGUCAACACGGAGCUGAGUGUGCAGUAUGGAGACACCGUCGCUGCCAGGUGUGUGUUCACUGGAGAGGGCAGGACCACCGAAACCAUCAUCGGCGGCACCUCUGAUGAUGAAAUGUGCAACUUCUACAUGAUGUACUACAUGGAGAGCAAGCACGCCGUCCCCUUCAUGAGCUGCAUGGAGAGCGGCUCCAAGGAGCUGUUCCGACACAUUCCAGCCGAGGCCAACGUUCCCAUCCCGGUCAGUCCGGAUCAGAUGAGCUCCAUGAUGCACAUGGGACACGCUGCAGAUGACGAUGUGAUGCUGGACAAGAGAAGAGGAGGCCAGGCCGUGGAUCAGGACUACCACCUGGAGCAGGUGACGGACUGGCCUGACGGGAACCUGCAGCUGGGUCAGGUGUCGGGUCUGGCGCUGGACUCGGACUCGAACCUGGUCAUCUUCCACAGAGGAGACCAUCACUGGGAUGUGAACUCCUUUGACAGCGGGGCGCGGUUCCAGCAGAAGUCCCUUGGACCCAUCCAGCAGUCCGCCAUUCUGGUGGUGGACCCGGCCAAAGGCAGAAUCCUCAAGGCUUCGGGCCGGAACAUGUUUUAUCUGCCUCACGGGAUAACUACAGACCGAGACAACAACUACUGGGUGACUGACGUGGCUCUGCAUCAGGUGUUAAAGGUGAGCAGUGAUGGCAGAGACAGAAUCUUACUGGCUCUGGGAGAAGCUUUCACUCCGGGGAGUGACAGCAGCCACUUCUGCAAGCCCACCGACGUGGCCAUCGACCUGCACACCGGGAACGUCUUCGUAUCCGACGGAUACUGCAACGCCAGGAUCCUCAAGUUUUCCGCUGAUGGGAAUUACCUGUCCCAGUGGGGAGCAGGAUCGCUGGACCGGCGGCAGCGGGCGCGUUUCCAGAUCCCCCACAGCCUGGCCUUCCUCAGCGACAGGAGAGAGGUGUGCGUGGCGGACAGGGAGAACGGGCGGAUCCAGUGUUUCAUCGCCGACACCGGAGAGUUCGUCAAAGAGAUCAAGAAGGAGGAGUUUGGAGGAAAGGUGUUUGCCAUCAGCUACAGCCCUGCUGGAGACGGCCUGAUCUAUGCGGUGAACGGCGACUCACCGUAUCGCACGGUUCCACUUCAAGGUUUCGUCAUCAAUUAUACGACCAGAGAGAUUCUGGACACCUUCAGCCCCAAGAGAAAGCAGGACUUCAGCAUGCCUCAUGACCUGGUGGAAGGCCGGGACGGGAGCGUCUUUGUUGGAGAUGCAGGCAGUGAGAAGGUCUUCAAGUUCACUGCAGAAAAGUCCCAUCGCUCGGUGAAAAAGGCAGGGAUCCAGGUUCAGGAGCUGGAAGAAGUGGAAGCAUUCAUCCAAACCAGGUUGAAGCCGCAGAAGAACAUCUCCCAUGUGGCAGCAGCUGGACCAGAGAAGCAGAUGGCGGACAAACCGAGCCUGCCGGUGGUGCAAGAGGAAAAGAAGACGGCGAAGCCUGGCAGGGAGAAUGGCGUCAUGGCGGCAGUGAUCAUCACGCUGCUCCUGCUGCCUCUCCUGCUCGUCGUCUUCAUCGGAGUCUUUGUGUGUUGGAGAAGGAACAAAUAUCGUGAACAGAAAGCAGAACCGCGCUCUGUGGCCGGCAUCCUGGGAAAAAUAAAGGGUAAGGCAGUGGGAGGCCUGAACCUGGGGAACUUCUUUGCGUCUCACAGAGGUUACACCCGUCAGGGCUUCGAUCAGCUGAGCACAGAGGGUAGCGACCAGGAGAGGAACAUGGAGGACAGCAGCGACUCGGACAAUGAGGAGUACUCCGCCCCCCCGUUGCCGCCUCAGCCCUCCUCCUAGGUGGCGCCGCUCUGCUUCCUGUGCUCACAUGUGCUUACUCGUCAUGUGUGUGACUGUGGUGUCAGCUGCCAGUCCUGCUGUUGUACAUACUUCCAUGUGUUCUUGUACAUAAUCAAAAUCAUCCGGACUGGUUCCGUCCAGAGGCAGAGGUUCGAUUCCCCUCACUGAAAACAGACUCCGCCUUACACAGGAGCAGCUGUCAGCUCACAGGUUCAUGCUCAACAGGUGAUGGGAGGAGCGCUGAUGGGGGCGGAGCCUCUGACCUCAGACCAGCUCACUGCAGUCACGAGGCUCUUAGUGUUGUGCAGACCCCCGUCCCCCUCACCUUCAGGGCCUUGAGGAGUAGUUCUGGGGUCAGAUCUGCUGACCACUCUGGACUCAGAACUCAGCCCAUCUCCUCAUUCCGAGCCAAAACCCAAUCCAGAGCACUCAGGCGGGUCAGAAACAUUUCAGGGCGACUGGAGUUAUUUUGAGUGUAGCUUCUCUUAAAUUAAAAUAAAAACUCCUCAUUUGGCUUCAUUUCUGCUUAUGUGCCUUCAGCUCUGAUCUUUUUCCAUAAUUAGAGGGCAGAGAUCAGACCUUCACAGCUGCUGCUCGCCCAGCACUUUACCUGCCACAAUCUGGAUCUGAUUUAGGGUCCGCAGCAGCUAUUGGACCAAAAGCAUCAGCUUUUAAAUGAAAACGAUGUAUUAAAUUCUUCUUUCAGUGGAAGUUUGACCUCCAAGUCAGCGUCUGUAGGAGCUGCUCUACAGGAGUGAAUGAAACAUGCCGUCUAAGACGAGCAUUUCCACAUUUUACAGGGAUCGAAGCGCUUUACAGUCACCGUCCAAUCAGAAUCAAGCACUCAAGACUGAUGUGAGGGUGGAGGAGGUUGAGGAGUCUUACAUUUUAGUUUAGCGGAGAACAGGCGGGUCGCCAAGUUCUGGGGGAAGGGGGGUCCUAAAAUUUCCACUGAGAAGGGAAUGGUCCGACAUUUUGUUUAAGGGGGGAGGGGUCCUGCACCUAAGCUUAAGUUAACUUUAUUUAAAAUUUUGAAAAGUUACGAUCAGGCGUAAACCCGGGAAUCAUCCGGGAUGCUCAGCCCCUUUCCUCCCUGUCAUCAGGAUUUCACGUGCACGUCAUGCGCUCACAUGGAAGCUCCCCUCACAGCUGGAAUGUGGCAGCUGGCCUUCCUCUUAUUUGCUGUAAUACUGAUUCUGCUGCAAGAGUAACUUUUUCAUGGUAUUUGUGUAAUAAAGUGUCUGCAAAGCA